AUGAGUGGUGGAUUCGGACGAGGGAAAAUCAUCGAUGAUGGUUCAUAUUUUCCAGAAUCACAUUUUGAUUGGAUUAAUAACGGUACAAGAGGAAAUCGUAAUGAGAAUGGUAGCAUGCGUGGUUCUCAUCGAAAUAAUUUUUCAAGCGGAAGUACUUUUGAUGAAUAUAGUCGUAAUAAUCGAGAAAAUAGGAUGGAGCACUUUACAGAUUCAGAUUUUUCGAGUCCGUUCGAUACUGGAGGUUGUGUUGGUAACAACCGCGGCACUCGCACUUUUAUGAGAGGAGGUCGUGAAAGUACUUUUUCUAGUAAUCGCAAGGACGGUGAUCGAUAUUCAUUCGAUCGCGAAAACGAUUUUUCUUCUGGAUUCUCAGCUGAACGUCGUGGUGGAUUCUCAUCGGGAUAUGGUGGUAGGGGUAGUGGUUUCUUAGCCGAAAAUAAUAUGAAUAGAAGAUCUUCAAACAGUGGCGGUCGUGGUAGUGGUUUUUAUGCUGGUGGUAAAUCGAACGGUAGUUCUAAUUUCGGCUCCGAUCGUCACACUAGUGAUUUUUCUGAUGGUCAUAAUAGUAACUUUGGUGGUUUCGAUUAUAAUAAUUCUGGAGAUUUUGCAAUUCACAAGCGUGGAUCUAGAGGAGGCCACGCUUUUUCCAGUGAUCGAGGUGGUGGUUUCCAUCCUAUCAGAAGUGAUUUUGACAAUGACAGAGAUGAAAGCUUUGCUUUCGGUAACAACAAGUACAACAAGUUUUCAAGUGGACGGAGGGGCUGCGGUGGUCACAGCUUUAAUAACAGCCGAAAUAAUGAUAGUUUUGGAGAUUUUGGUAGCAAAGCAAAUAAUGAAGAAACUUUUUCCGAUACUCGGAGUUUUAAUAGUGGCUUCAAUAGUGAAGGAAAAACAGGAUUUGGUCGUUCUAACUUCAGCAGUGAUUGGGGUAAUAGGCGAAGGAAUGAUCGAGGAAACUGGCAUUUAUCGGAUUUGAAAAGAGAUGUAGGAGCUGGCUGUGGUGACCGCUUAUCCGAAAAUGGAGUUAGAGCUUCUCGUUUUUCGUCUCAUGUUCCAGAAGAUCGAUCUGUGGAAGAAAUGUAUAAAGAGGAUGAAGCUAAUGCGAAAUAUGAGAUAAGUGAUUUGGAUCAAGAAGUCACGAUAACAGGAAUUCCACAGUUGCAGAAAAUGCUGAGAUUAGAUGAUUGGAGGAACGCAGGAUUUGGAGAUUUGUUAUUACGUAAUGUCGUCGAAAAAUCAUUCUACUCAGCCCCGCGACGUAUACAGGCUGCUGUCAUUCCACUUAUACAAAAUGGCUGGGAUAUAGUUGGACAUGCCGAAACAGGUAGUGGCAAAACAGCCGCAUUCAUUUUACCAAUUAUCAAUUACAUCAUGAAUGAUGGUGAAAAAAAUGACUCGAGAUGUGCACCAAUUGCUUUAAUACUAGCACCUACACGUGAAUUAGUCGGACAGCUAUACAAUCAAGCUAGGAAAUUCGCUAAUGGAACUGGUGUAACAGUGGCAAAAGCAUAUGGACAGUACAAAUUAUUUGAAAAUAUAAUGGAGCUAGAAAGAGGUUGUAAUAUACUGUUUGCUACGAUGGGAAGAUUAAAAGAUUUUGUGAUUAAUAGGAAGGUGAAGUUGCACAAUAUCAGUUUUUUUGUGCUGGAUGAAGCCGAUCGUAUGCUUAGUCAAGAUUCCUUUCAAACAGAUAUUAUCAAUCUCGUUCACAGGCCUGAUUUUCCAUCGGUGAAGGAUCGACAAACGUUGCUAUUCAGCGCAACGAUUACAAGCGAAGUAAAAGAGUUGGCAGCAAAAGUUUUGAAAGAAAAUCAUGCAUUUGUAUCAAACGGUAAAACUAUUUCGGCUAAUCCACUCGUUGAGCAGAAUUUUAUUGAGGUUACGUCUGAAAAUAAGUUUGACAAAUUGAUACAAUUAUUAGAAGAGGAUAGAGAGCAUAACGGUGAUGUAGCACGUACUCUGGUUUUUGUUCAGCGGAAACAGAUGGCCGAUGUCAUAGCUUUAAAUCUGAUUCAAAAAAAUAUACAAUCGAGCAGCAUCAGCGGAGAUCGUAUGCAAAAACAACGAGAAGAAGCAUUAUCAGAUUUUCGAAAAGGUAAUAUUAAAGUCCUGGUUGCUACUGAUGUUUGCGCACGUGGUAUUGACGUCAAAGAUCUCCAACAUGUAAUUAAUUAUGACAUGCCAAGUGAUCGUGUGACUUAUGUACAUCGUAUUGGACGUACCGGUCGUCUUCAUCGUGGUAAAGCGACAUCAUUUAUUAAUCUUGCUGAUGAUGAUCCAGCUUUGAUUGCUAGUAUUGUUCAGGUAGUUCAAGAAGUACAGCAGAUACCACCGGACUUUCUUCUUGAUAUCGCUAACAGUCGUUGCGAACGAGCUGAUGGUUACGUGAAGAGUCAACGAUCUGAUAGCAGUAAUUUUGAUCGCGAAUUUAAAAAGGAAUUUUAA